AUGAGUGGACCGGCGGCACGAACACCGCUUCCUAUCGGCAUCCAACGGAUCAAGUCCGAUCCCGACAUGGACAUCAGUUCACUGUUCAGCAAUCGUUUCGCCUACGAGCAAGAAGCUUAUGAGAUGGGUUACACAAUGGAGCGGGUGGCGUCUGUGGAGCAGUUGGCUUCAGCGCUUCGACGAUACUUAUUUGCCGCCGUACAUUGGAUCGAAGCGCUCUUUUCAUUGGCACAAAUCGAGAAUGUGCCCGAAAAGGUGGCUGUUCUCAAGAGUGUCUUCGCUCCGUAUACCAUCCUCUGUCAAGCGGCACGUACUGCGCAGAUGUCUCGUGACUUAGACGUGAUUUGCCUGUGCAAUCGUACCACAAUCACAAGACAACCUCCACGGCACCUCUUAGAAACGAAUCUCUUGGCUAACAAUCUCGUGCCACGAAUCCUCGACGACCUGGUGGCACCAAUGCGAAAGCUGUCGCUGAGUGAAGCCGAAAUCGUUGUUCUAUCCGCCUUAGUAAUUCUAGAUCCAGAUUCGCCCGGCUUAUCGGAAUCAUCGUCGCUAGCACUCAGCCAGCUUCGCGAUCGUGUGCAAAACGCGUUGUUCCAGCUGAUUCGUGAGAACUCGUCCGUGUUGCACAACGUGACGAGCCGUUUCGGCAACAUUCUGCUCCUGCUCCCACCUCUAGCGAAAUUGAGCUCACUUGUCGGAGAGAAUGUGCAAUUUGCUCGUAUGUUUGGCGGAACGCUCGAUCCACUUCUUGUGGAAUUGUUCGCCGACAACACCUCGGGGUGCGCCGUUAUCUCAUCACCGUCAACCAGGGAGAAAGCGGACGUAUCCACUCAAACGUACCCGUCCACCUCACCGGCUCUGCCGUCUGAUCUCGCGCCGUACACGAUGAAAAUCCCGUCAAUGUACGGAACCACUCGCCAGCAACACUUCAAUCCGUCGAUGUCGUACAACCCGUUCUACUUCACCGGACAACAGUUCCAAAUGCCGCAUGCGGUCAGCUACGCUUCAUCGCAGCCCUACACGCAGCCGACGUUCUUCGACUCAACCACAACACCAACACAGUUCCGGUUCAUG